AUGUCAUUACCUUUGGAAUCCCAGGCCUCAAACGACGCAGCUCGAGCUACGACCAUCCAUCGCUCCUCAUCAGACAGGCGCACCGAAGAAAGAAGCGGUGCGAGUGAAGGUCAUACAACAUGGACACAAUUUCUACAAGAGGAUUACGACCAGUCGUUGGAUAGUGGUGAGAACAGUCGCGGUGGAGGGAGAGAGGACGGCAGUGCUUCGAAUAGAAAACGGCGGCUGGGAAGCGGUAGUAGCAGCAGCGGGACAGAUAUAUCCGGAACAGGACUUGAUACAGCUAUAAGCAGUCAGCCUCUUUCUACCAGGCAGAGCUCUAGGCCUGGCCUCAUCGGAGCUCAAAGACCAGGGAACCCCAGCUUUCACCGACCAGAUGAUGAAACGAUCGAGACUCAGCCUUCUGGCUCACCACCGUCCUCGUCGAUGUCUCGCCAGAUAAACUCCCUACGGCACCGUGAAAGAAGUUUUACGGACCAUCGACUCCCACGAUGGCAACCUGACUCCGAAGUCACGGAAUGUCCGAUUUGCGGUGUGACUUUCACAUUCUGGUUCCGAAAACACCACUGUCGGAAGUGCGGCAGGGUCGUUUGCGCAGCUUGCUCGCCACAUAGAAUCACUAUUCCGCAACAGUUUAUCGUCCGUCCCCCUGAGGCACAAACGCAACUAUCACUAUCGAACAUCAUCCAGCGUAAUACAGCAGAACGGGAAGUCAUCAGUCUGAUCGAAGACGAUGAGACACGACCGCAGCCAUCUUCGUCACAAUCUCGCGGUCACCACCGCGCAACUUCAAUCCAUCAAAACCCUAGAGCUGCAGCGGCUCUAGGCGGCGGGACUGAAGUUCGUCUUUGCAAUCCUUGCGUGCCUGACCCGAACCCAGAGCCUCCUCGUCGAUAUAGGGCGAGUAGCAGUACCUCUCACCAUGACCAUAGAGCAAGGAAUAACAGCCUAGGCUGGGAAAGCCAUCACAAUCACUCCCAAGCGGAUCCGCACUCCUUGCCUUCGGAGUAUCAAAACCCAGGAAUCUGGGGUACAAGUGUGGAAAGGUCUCGCCGCCAGAUACCUUCCAUCCCCCCCGAUAUGGAGGGGAGAAGACGACGAGACCGGGAAUUUGAAGCAACUAUACGUACUCAUAUACGAGGGGCACAAAGGGGUCACCGUGCAAGUUUAACAGAUGCUAACUUCCCUUCAUAUGGAGCCUUUGGCUACGAUGUAUCGUCAAGUCUACGGGGCCUGCCGCCUAGGUAUCUGCCAGGUCGGGAUACAGAAUCCCAGAUCCAUGGUUCUCCUCCUUUAUAUCCCCCCGAUGCAUUCACACAGGACUCGCAACGGAGCCAUCACUACGCAUCGUACCCGAGGUCCCAUCCUACCAUUCGUGCAGCAGACAUGAAUCGUCCUCUUCCACCACCACCCAGCUCACGAUCCCAUCGUAUCAUCAAUGAACGAGACCUCUGCCCCGUAUGCAAUCACAUUCUCCCCCAACCGUCGUCCAGCGGUGGUGAGGAUGCCCACGAAGCUCAUAUCCGAGCAUGUAUCGAAAGACACGCCUCCAGACGCCCUGGAGCUUCUAACCAGUCGUCCCAAAGCUCGAUACGCCCAUCAUCUGAACGCCUAAGGAUGCUUACCUUCCUUGCAACGGAGAAGGACUGCCUGGGCACAGACGGUGUCCAGCCAGAAUGCUCCAUUUGCAUGGAAGAGUAUGAAGUUGGAGCUGAGCUGGCACGCUUGGAAUGCCUAUGCAGAUUCCACAAAUCCUGUAUUCUUGGAUGGUUUGACCGUAAAGAAGAGUGUCCCGUUCAUAAAGUGGCAUAA